UAAAACGGUUAUUUGGUGGCGGGUUUCACACUCAAAGCCGACACCGGACCAAAUUCCACCGGAUGAGCGGAAGCGAGGGGAGCUCGGGGCAUUCGGCGGGCGGAGAGGGUCAGACGCCGCUGCCGACGGCGGGGGUGGAUAAGGAGAAGAAGAAAGAGAAGGCGCGGGUGAGCCGGACUUCUCUGAUUUUGUGGCACGCGCACCAGAACGACGCGGCGGCGGUGAGGAAGCUCCUCGAGGAAGAUCGAUUGCUUGUGCAGGCUAGAGACUAUGACAAUCGAACUCCUCUCCACGUGGCGGCAAUUCAUGGCUGGAUCGAUGUGGCCAAGUGCCUUUUGGAAUACGAGGCAGAUGUCAACGCCCAGGAUCGCUGGAAAAAUACGCCUUUAGCUGAUGCAGAAGGAGCGAAAAAAUCUGCUAUGAUCGAUCUAUUAAAAUCCCAUGGUGGACUAUCUUAUGGACAGAAUGGAAGUCAUUUUGAACCCAAACCUUUGCCACCUCCUCUACCAAAAAAGUGUGACUGGGAGAUAGAUCCUGAUGAGCUGGACUUCUCAAGUGCAAUUCUUGUUGGGAAGGGUUCUUUUGGUGAGAUAGUAAAAGCUUCCUGGAGGGGAACACCAGUAGCUGUCAAACGCAUUCUUCCAAGCCUUUCAGAUGACAGAUUAGUGGUUCAGGACUUCCGGCAUGAGGUCAACUUGCUAGUAAAGCUUCGCCAUCCAAACAUUGUUCAAUUUUUAGGAGCUGUUACAGAAAAGAAGCCCUUAAUGUUAAUCACAGAGUACUUGAGAGGGGGUGAUCUACAUCAACAUCUAAAGGAAAAGGGGGCUCUGAAUCCAGCAACGGCAAUUAAUUUUGCAAUGGAUAUUGCCAGAGGCAUGGCGUAUAUGCACAGCGAACCAAAUGUAAUAAUACACAGAGACCUCAAACCAAGGAAUGUUCUGCUCGUCAACUCCAAUGCUGACCAUUUAAAAGUAGGCGACUUUGGCCUAAGCAAGCUCAUUAGGGUACGGCAUUCACACGAUGUGUACAAAUUGACUGGGGAGACAGGAAGUUAUCGUUACAUGGCGCCUGAAGUCUUCAAGCACCGGAAAUAUGACAAGAAAGUCGAUGUUUUUUCCUUUGCAAUGAUACUAUACGAGAUGAUCGAAGGCACCCCUCCAUUUUCACAUUAUGAACCAUAUGAAGCAGCCAGACACGUCUCAGAUGGUCACCGGCCAAUAUUCAGGGCAAAAGGUUUUACUCCUGAAUUGAUGGAGUUAACAGAACAAUGCUGGUCAGCUGACAUGAACAAGAGACCUGCCUUCUUGGAAAUUUUAAAGAGACUCGAAAAAAUGAAGGAAUCAAUGCCCUCUGAUCAUCACUGGAGCAUCUUUUCAUCGUAGUGAAGGGAUAUUGAAGUAAAACAUGGUUGCAACUGCUGGUAACCUCCUUUCAACCCAAAACUUGUGGCAUGAGAUAGAUAGCAAAUUAAAUAUCCUUUGCUGCUGCCAUUUAUACAAAGACUAGUUAUUUGGGAACAAAUUUAUAACAUUCUGCAUUUUGGAUUAUGGAGUUGGAAUUGAUGGUGCUGCUAAAAUACAGUUUCUGUCCUCGAACUCUUGUUUGAAUGUGUUCCAAAAUGAGCACUUUGAUUAACACUAAACCGUUAAGAUACUCUCUUUCUUGUAAACAUGCUGUUAAGCAUCCGAUGUAUAGGCUAUCAUUGUCUUUUUGUAUGACUA